AUGACGACCACACUCGACGUAGAAGAUGUCCUCUCCAAAUUAACUCCCGCGGAAAAAGUCUCCCUGUUAGCAGGAGCUGACUGGUGGCACACCGUCCCCGUAAAGCGCCUCAAUAUCCCAGCAAUCCGUGUAUCCGACGGCCCCAACGGCGUCCGUGGAACUAAAUUCUUCAAUGGCACCAAAGCAGCUUGUUUCCCUUGCGGCACCGCUCUAGGCGCAACAUGGGACGUCUCACUACUCCACAAGGCCGGCGUGGCCAUGGGAGAGGAGAGCAAAGCCAAAGGCUCGCACGUUAUUCUCGGCCCAACUAUUAAUAUGCAGCGUUCUCCCCUCGGUGGAAGAGGAUUUGAGAGUUUGAGCGAAGAUCCCGUGUUGGCAGGAUUAGGGGCAGCGGCUUUGGUUAAUGGCAUCCAGGAGACAGGUGUUGUUGCAACCAUCAAGCAUUUUGUGUGUAAUGACCAGGAGGAUGAGAGAAACGCUACCAACGCAAUUAUUACGGAUAGGGCGUUGAGGGAGGUCUAUGCCUUGCCGUUUCAGUGGGGAACAUACUCAACCUCAGGAGCCGUAAACGCCGGUCUGGACCUAGAAAUGCCCGGCACAACAAAAUGGCGUGGUGGAGCCCUCCUACAGGCCGUAGGCGUAGGAAAAGUCCACCCACACGUCCUAGACGAGCGAGUUCGCAAUAUCUUGAAGCUCAUCAACCGUGUUGCUGGAGCAAAGAUACCCGAGUAUGCCGAGGAGAAGGCGGCGGAUACUCCUGAGACGGCUGCGUUGUUGCGCAAGAUUGGUGGGGAAUCUAUUGUGCUGAUGAAGAACGAGGAUAAUAUUUUGCCCCUGUCGAAAGAUAAGAAGACACUUAUCAUCGGCCCUAAUGCAAAAGUGGCAACGUAUCAUGGGGGUGGCUCUGCAGCUCUAGCAGCAUACUAUGCCGUUACUCCUUUUGAUGGUAUUAGUGCACAACUGACAUCUCCGCCCGACUUCACCGUUGGGUGUUACGCGCACAAAGAACUGCCGCUCAUUGGUACCAUCCUCAAAACAUCGAAGGGAGAAACUGGGGUCACAUUCCGAGCCUACAACGACCCGCCCACUGUGAAAGACCGAGAGGUCGCUGACGAAAUUGUCCUCACCAAGACAGAGCUUCUGAUGAUGGAUUAUAAGUGCUCGAAACUCAAGAACGACCUCUGGUGGGCUGAUAUUGAGGGAUAUCUCACAGCUGAAGAAGACGGUGAUUUCGAACUAGGUCUUGGUGUUUAUGGAGCUGCGAAACUCUACGUUGAUGACAAGCUAGUUAUUGAUAAUGAGACGAAACAGACGAAGGGAACAAUGUUCUUCUCUUGCGGAACGGUGGAGGAGAAGGGUGUGGUGGCGGUGAAGAAAGGUCAAAAGUAUCAUAUCAAGGUGGAGUUUAUCAGCUCUCCUGCAAGUAAACUGGACCAGGGAAGUAAUGUGCUUUUCGGGAAUGGAGCGUUGAGGAUUGGUGGUACGAAAGUUAUUGAUGCGGAUGAGGAGAUCAGUAAUGCUGCUGCAAUGGCUAAAGAAGCGGAUCAGGUCAUUAUAUGCGCCGGAUUAAAUUCCGACUGGGAAAGCGAGGGUACCGACCGACAAAGCAUGGACCUUCCAGGAUCCAUGGAUGCAAUGAUCUCCGCCGUCGCCGCAGCUAACCCCUCCACGGUGGUAGUCAUGCAAUCCGGGACACCUGUCACCAUGCCAUGGAUUUCCUCUAUCAAAUCUUUGAUCCACGCUUGGUACGGCGGCAAUGAAACCGGUAACGCCAUUGCGGAUGUCUUGUUUGGAGACGUCAACCCUAGCGCGAAGCUACCUUUAACUUUCCCCAAGAGAAUUCAGGAUAACCCUGCGUUUUUGAGCUAUCGUACGGAGAGAGGGAGGACGUUGUACAGCGAGGAUGUAUAUGUGGGGUAUAGGUGGUACGAAGCGCUUGAUAACCCUGCUCUGUUCCCAUUCGGUCAUGGGCUCUCAUACACAACUUUCGAGUUAUCUGACCUGAAGGUUGAGAAGACGGAGAAGGACGUGAAGAUUAACGUUAAGGUGACCAAUACCGGGGAUAGAGCCGGUGCAGAGGUUGUCCAAGUAUAUGUUGCACAAAAGAGCCCGAGCAUCAAGAGACCUACGGAACUGAAGGGGUUCCAGAAGGUGUGGUUGGAAAAGGGGGAGAGCAAGACGGCGGAGGUAUUCGUUGAGACAAAAUAUGCAGCGAGCUUUUGGGAUGAAGUUCGGGAUGCAUGGAUUAUGGAGAAGGAUGAAUAUCAGGUGCUCGUGGGCACGAGCAGUGGCAACCCCAAGUUGAGGGGAUCCUUUGAGGUUGAGAAGACGAGCUGGUGGAAUGGGCUGUAA